AUGGCCGACGAUACGGCUGCCACAGAGGCGGCACCAGUCAGCUUCACUGUCAAGUCAUCGACUGAUGCCAAGUACAACUUGACUCUUCCGCUCACCACUUUGGUGUCGGAUCUCAAGCAGAAGCUCUCGACCUCCGAAUACGCCGAUACCCCCGCAGAGCGUCAGCGCCUGAUCUACUCGGGUCGGGUUCUGAAAGACAACGAGACACUGGAAACCUACAAGAUUAAGGAUGGCCACACUAUUCAUUUAGUGAAGAGUGCCCAGAGUAACCAACAGCGCCAGAAUGCAGCUGCUCAGCCUGCUACUGCGGCCGCUGGUACCCCGAAUCCCGCGGCAGCUGGUGUCCCAACCAACCUCGCCGCUGGUACUGGAAACAACCCACUCGCUGGUUUGACUGGUGCACGCUACGCUGGUUUUGCGCAGCUCCCUAACCAGGGCCUCUUUGGUCCUGAUGGUGGGAUGGGCCCUCCUCCCGAUACCGAUACGAUGCUGAACAUGCUCGAGAACCCCCAAUUCCAAUCGAGUCUUAAUGAAGCCCUGCAGAACCCCGCUAUGAUCGACAUGAUGAUCCAGCAGAACCCCAUGCUCCGCGACAUGGGGCCUGGAGUGCGCCAGAUGUUUGAAAGCCCCGAGUUCCGCCGGAUGUUGACCGACCCCAGCAUGCUCCGUCAAAUGACGCAAAUGCAGCGGGCCAUGGGUGGUGGAAUGGGUGGUGGUGAAAGUGCAUUCCCCGCCCCGGGUGUGACCAACACGACUGCUUCGGAGAACCAAGGCUCUCAACAAAAUGCAGCCAAUCCAUUUGGACAGACGCCUCAGAACCCUCUCGGAAACCCUUUUGCUUCUAUCUUUGGAGCCGGAGGUAACCCCUUUGGCGCCCCUCCAGCUGCACCAGGCACCACUCAGCCAGAGGGCGCAGAAGGUACAGAUCGAUCCGCUACCGAGGGACAAAACCAGCAGCCUCAGAACCCAUUUGCUUCAUUACUUAACCCGGCUCUCUUUGGAAACGCUGGUGCUGGUGCUGGUGCCGGUGCCGGUGCCGGUGCGGGCGCGAACAUGUUUAAUCCCCAGGCAAAUCCUUUCCUGCGCGAUCCUGCGCUCCUUUCUCAGAUGAUGCAGGGUAUGGGACAAGGUGGAGAAGGUGUCGGCGCAAACCCUUUUGCUGCGAUGCUCGGUGGUGGUGGUGGCUUUGGUGCCCCUCAGCCUCCAGACAACCGACCACCAGAGGAGCGCUACGCCGACCAGCUCCGUCAGUUGAAUGAUAUGGGAUUCUUUGAGUUUGAGAGGAAUAUCCAGGCAUUGCGCCGUUCUGGUGGCAGUGUGCAAGGAGCUGUGGAGUACCUUCUAAGCGGAUAA